AUGCAUUGGAAAUUGUUGUUCGUAUUUUUCCUGGCCGUCGCCUUGCUGUCCGACGUGGACGCGGCGUCGCGAGAUCGCAAAAAGAAGAAGAACAGGAAUGAUGACGACGCCGAGGAGACUACGGGCGGCUCGACGAUGGAGGAAGGUGGCAGCAGUAAGAAGGAUGACAAGGACGGCGAAGGGCGCGAAAGAGAGCGUGGAGAGAAGGAAAAGGCCGAGAAGAAAUCUUCUGAGAGCAGCUCUGAGGAGGAGGACGAAGAUAAGAAGAAUGGAACUGAGAUCGAGGUGCCGAAGGCAAAAGCUCUACACGAUGCGGUGAAGACAGCAAACUAUAAUUUUGCGAGCCCGUUUUUGAUGAUAAUCAUGUCGUUUUCACGCUUUCUCCGCCACGUCAACCUCGAGAGCAUUUUGGACGGCGGGCGAGUGAAGAGGAACCAGGACGAUCACGUGAAGCCGCGGAAGGGGCUGGCCGCCAAUCCCGACAAUCACUUCAACCAACAGCAACGUGCCGAAAAUCCGCUCCCGAAAUCCCAGACUCACGCGCGUCAGGGCCACGCCGCCAACCCGGAAAAUCACAAGCCGCAGAAGCGUUCCGCCGAGUUCACCGAGUUGCCCCAGGCCGCGGUACUCACCCAGCAGGGCAUGGAAAAAAACCCAGAAAUUAACCCCGAGACCCCGCGUGCUCUCUCCCCGGCGAACCUCGAGCGCGUCCAUCAGGGCGUCAUGAACCGCCAUAUGCGAAUGGUGAGUGUUUUCAUGCCG